GAUUCGCCAUGACAUUUAUGUCAAUUUUCCACUUUUCCCACUAAGUGGGAUUUGAGUAGCAUUCCCAAAUAACUUUCUGUUCCCCUCACAGAGUAGUCUUAAAAAUAAGAAUGGAGACGCCGCCCCGCAAGUCGCGCAAGUUGUCUUCGGAGAACGUGCAGGGCAUCAGCUCCCCGAUUCGCAUUCCGGCGUCACCGAUGAUGAAGACACUGGGCUUUGGAAGCGGGGUGAAGGUCUACCGCCUGGACCGCUCUCCACGACGUGGCCAGAUCCGGUCGCCAUGGGCGGUCAAGAGAAUCACACAAGAUGCUCUGGAGAAGAAGGACUUGGUCUUCAACAAGCGGAUCUUGCACGAGGCAGAAAUCUUAAGAAAACUGAAGCACCCAAACAUUGUCGGAUUCUGUGGGCUUGUCACUUCGGCCGAAGGCCUGAACACCCUGGUUCUGGAGAUAUGCGGAAGCUCGCUGGGCUCCAUGCUGGACGACCGGCAUGAGGAGGAUCUGGGGCCGCUACCCGCCGAAUACACCAUCAAAGUGAUCACGGACGUCGCCCGGGCCCUGGACUUUCUACACACCGAGGCCCGGGUGCUCCACGGCGACAUUAAAUCCUUUAAUGUACUCAUCAAUGGCGAGUUCGAGAACUGCAAGCUCUGUGACUUUGGUGUGGCCCUCCCCCUGGACGAGCAUGGCCAGGUGCACCUGCACAAGGAUGGCAGUCCACUCUACGAGGGAACGGAUCUGUGGUCGGCUCCGGAGGUUAUUAAGCAUUCGAAGAUCUUGGACAGCAAGGCUGACAUCUUCAGCUUUGGCCUUGUCAUCUACGAGACGCUGGCCCUGGUGCCACCGCACACCCUGGAAAUGGAUUGCGGCGAUAACAAGGAGAACCUGACAGAUAGCGAUUUAAUAGAAGAUCUUUCCGAUUUUACGGAGAGCAGCCUCCUUCUGCCUUACGGAAUGCGGCCCGCACUCCCAGUGGCAUUCCAGGUGAGCGAGGAGCAUGACAGCAUCGUCGCUAUGUUCUUCCUGUGCACGAAUACCUCGCUGGAGGAUCGUCCUGAUGCGCGUACCAUUCUGCAGAGCUUCGAAAAAGGGGCAAUAAAGCCCACUGUCCACGACUAGACUCGAGUUUCCUUAUACUGGCGUUUAAUGAUUAUAAAAUACA